AUGGUAACAAAAGAAGCAGCUAUGUCUUUCUCGCAAUUUGGAUACCCUUACAAUGCAACUUCACAGUUUUUCGUGUCGGCAAACCCCAGUACGACUUGCUGCGAUUCGAUUUCCAGGUCGGUCUCUGACGGGACAGGCGGCUCCCAGACCGCCGCCGCUGCCGCCGCCGCUGCCUCCUUCUGCUGCCCGUCAUACGAGAACCGGCUCCUGGCGAGCAGCCGGACGGAGCUGAACGCAGCGCUGGGGAUGUACAGCUCUCCCUACGCCGCAGCGGCCGCCGCCAGCCAGAACUACGCCAACUACUUCCCCUACAGCACCGACCCAUCCGCUAUCUACUCCACUCUGAACCCACAGUACGACAUCAAGGACAGCACAGGCACUUUACACUCUGGCAUCACUCAAACGGCUGCAUACUAUCCUUAUGAUCAUUCACUGGGCCAGUAUCAAUACGACAGAUAUGGGACAGUAGACUUUAAUGGCACAGCCAGAAGAAAGAACGCAACACGAGAAACCACCAGCACCCUGAAAACGUGGUUGUAUGAGCACCGCAAGAACCCCUACCCCACCAAGGGAGAGAAAAUCAUGUUGGCCAUCAUCACCAAAAUGACCCUCACCCAGGUGUCCACUUGGUUCGCCAACGCCAGGAGGAGGCUAAAGAAGGAGAACAAGAUGACCUGGUCGCCAAAGAAUAAGGCCGGCGAUGACAGGAAGGAUGACAUUAACAAGAGCGACCAAGAAUGUGUCACCAAAGAUUCUAGUGAUUGCAGGGAUGACAAAGAUUUGCAUCUGAGUGAUCUGGAUGACAUGGACAAUGAUGACUGUGACAAGCUGGACAGUGACUGUGAAAAAGUGGCAGCAGAUGAGCAGGACAUCCAGAGAGCCAUGGCAGUGGCUGGAGCCCCUCAGAAGAGAGACUGCAGCUCUGAGCUGCACCUGAGUUUAACUAACAGCUUCCACGCUUUCCCCUGUGCCAUCAAAAGUGUGACCACCCUCCCUCCUCUCCCAUCUGACUUCCUGGAUCCUGUAGUGUCAAAGGCACCCUCUUCUACUGGCUCCACAGGAACGUUGUCCCUGUCUCACUUUGAAGCAUCGGAUAAGCCACGGAUUUGGUCUCUGGCUCGUACAGCGGCUUCAGGUGUCAUCCUGAGCCCUCAGCAUGGAUCUGAGCAGAGGACAGGCAACUCGACUGGGGACUGCCAGCUCCAGAGCACCAGGCUUACCGGGGCCCCUACUGGACAGUGUGGGGGCAUGAGAGGCCUCCACGAAUCAAACAGUGUCACCAGUGCUGAGAACCCCUUCCCUGAGGGCUCGUCUUUACGCUCCAAAGUCUACAGCACUGGCAGCUACAGUCACAAGGGCCUCCAACUGCACUGUUCAUCCUAUGCUGCACUCCCAGACACAUGCCAGUACUCCACCAUUGAAGGAUUCUCUAGUGGCAAAGCAGAGACACAGUCAUCUGACCUCAGUGAAGCCUGUGGGACCAUGCAGGAUGACAAGGUCACUGCAUUCAGACCAGUGAUGAAGAGGUGA